AAAAAUGGCUACUUUACUUUGUUCAAUUUGUGGUCAACAACCUGAAGUCCCUGUUGUGUCACCCGUUUCUGGAAAAAUUUUUGAAAAGCGUUUGAUCGUGAAAUAUAUUGAAGAAAAUGGUACUGAUCCAAUUAAUGGAGGAAAGUUGGAAGUUUCUCAGCUCGUCGAAUUAAGUCAAGAUCAGGACACUAAACCUAUUCAACUUUCGCUUGGCACGGCAUCUUUACCAUCUCUUCUUAAACAAUUGCAGGACGAGUGGGACGCGACGAUGUUGAAUACUUUUACUUUGCGUCAAGAACUCAAAUCUGUUAGAGAAGAAUUGACGCAUGCUUUAUUUCAGAAUGAUGCAGCCUGUCGUGUUAUUAACCGUUUGAGUAGUGAAUUACAACAAACGCGUCAUAUUAUUGCUACAUUACCUCAUGGACGAGGCAAAAAUGUUGAAAGUGAAGUUGAAGUUACUGAUGUUGAGAUGCAUCAAGAUGGAGAAGGGCUUCCUGGAAUUGAUACGGAUUUGAUUGAGGUUUGUUUUUUUUGAGGGGGGGGGGGGUUAAAUUAUUAGAGUUUGGCAUCGGCUCAUGUCUGAUUUCGCAAGCUCGGUGUUCUAGAAACUUGAGUUUUCGGACCCGGCAUCUCAUAGUUGUGGUAACCAGAAACUUGAUUUUCAGUCUGUAGCCCGGAAACCGGGUAUUUUCGAUAAAAUCUGUUUUCUGAGUUCUGAGUGGAA